CCGGGAGAGGGAGUGUCUACGGCGGGCCGCGAGGUGCAGCGGCAAUCCCGAGAGUUGAAGGAAAGGCCAUGCAGGGGCCGUUGGGUCUCUUCCUUUGCACCCAACCCGAGUGGUGCUAAGUCUUGCUCUCUGUCCCCGAGUGCCCAGUGCGGGGCUCCGGCGUCCGCUUUCCCUUGAGGCUCGCAGGUGGCGGCUGCCACCCCUCGCGGAAGUGAGGGGCGCGCCCCUUCACGGCCCUGCGGACCCCAAGCCUCCAUGGGCCGGACCCCGAAGACCAAUGUGUGCCGCCGGCUGAGUCGCCGGGCUCUAGGCUUCUUCGCACGCGACGCCGGCGUGGUGCAGAGGACGAACCUGGGCAUCCUGCGGGCGCUGGUGUGCCAGGAGAGUACUAAAUUUAAGAAUGUUUGGACAACUCAUUCCAAGUCACCUAUAGCCUAUGAGAGAGGAAGAAUAUAUUUUGACAAUUACCGGUGCUGUGUCAGCAGUGUUGCAUCAGAGCCAAGAAAAAUUUAUGAAAUGCCAAAAUGUUCCAAGGCAGAAAAAAUUGAGGAUGCUUUAUUAUGGGAAUGCCCAGUGGGAGAAAUACUUCCUAACCCAUCAGAUUAUAAGUCCUCACUCAUAGCACUGACUGCUCACAAUUGGCUGCUUCGUAUAUCAGCAACUACAGGGGAAGUCCUGGAGAAAAUAUACCUUGCUUCCUAUUGCAAGUUCAGGUACUUGAGCUGGGACACUCCUCAAGAGGUCAUUGCGGUCAAGUCAGCUCAGAACAAAGGCUCAGCAGUGGCCCGGCAGGCAGGCACUCAGCAACCUGUUUUGUUGUACCUUGCAGUAUUCCGGGUUCUGCCCUUUUCCCUUGUGGGGAUUCUGGAGAUCAACAAAAAGGUUUUCGCGAAUGUCACAGAUGCUACGUUGUCACAUGGGAUACUGAUUGUGAUGUACGGCUCGGGACUGAUCAGACUGUAUAGCUUCCAAGCCAUCAUGGAACAGUUCAUGCAACAGAAACUUGACUUGGGGUGUGCAUGCAGUCAGGGCGGGACUCCGGGGACGGUGGGAGAGGCUCCUCUUGGCAUCCCCUGUAAUGUUAAGAUCACAGACUCACCAUCUCCACUCUUUGAAGUUUCAUCCCUGGAGAAUGCAUUUCAGAUAGGAGGCCAUCCUUGGCACUACAUCAUCACACCUAAUAAGAAGAAACAGAAAGGAGUUUUCCAUAUUUGUGCCCUAAAAGAUAAUUCCUUGGCAAGAAAUGGAAUCCAAGAAAUGGAGUGUUGUUCACUAGAAUCUGACUGGAUCUAUUUCCACCCUGAUGCUUCUGGAAGAAUUAUACAUGUUGGCCCCAAUCAAGUCAAAGUCUUGAAGCUAAGUGAGGUAGAAAAUAAUAGUUCUCAGCAUCAGAUCUCUGAGGAUUUUGUCAUCUGGGCCAAUAGAGAAAACAGGAAUGAAAACUUAAUCACUGUUACAGCUUCUGGACGUGUGGUGAAAAGAAAUUUCAACCUUCUGGAUGAUGACCCCGAACAAGAGACUUUCAAAAUUGUGGACUAUGAAGAUGAGUUGGACUUGCUAUCUGUAGUAGCUGUCACUCAAAUAGAUGCCGAAGGCAAAGCUCACCUGGAUUUCCACUGUAAUGAGUACGGAACCUUACUCAAGAGCAUCCCACUGGUGGAGUCAUGGGAUGUGACAUAUAGCCAUGAAGUCUACUUUGACAGAGAUUUGGUGCUACACAUCGAACAGAAACCCAAUCGAGUCUUCAGCUGCUAUGUUUACCAGAUGGUCUGUGACCCUGGGGAAGAAGAAGAAGAAGACGACGAAGAAGAAGAAAUUGUCAACAGAAGUGAUUAAGACAGUGAAAUCAUUGUAACUUGAGACAUUGGUGAAGCACCUAUCAGCUGUGUCCAGUCCUCCUUAUUGUCUGCAUGGAACAUUCUGCAGUAUUUUCCAGAACAGGUCUUGUGCUAGCUUCAAAGGACUAGGUCAGACUCUUGCCACGUGAGGUAGUAAGGACUCCAUUUUAUGUAAAUGCUCUCUAAGAUGCUGUCCCCAGACGCCCAGCAUUUUGAAACUUUUAGAUGAGGUGCUAAUGUGAAUAUAAAAUGCUAGGGAAUGGAGGACAGUUAAACUUAGGUGUCCAGGAGACAUCAUCGAUGCAGGGAUAAUUAGCAUGAUUCUUAAAGACUACUAUAAUGUUUUAAUUGGUAAGGCUAGGAGAGAGAAACAGAUAUAAAAAUAUGAAACAUAGAAGCCAGAAGUGGUGGAGGAAACCUGUAAUCCCCAGUACACGGAACAUCAUCAAGCAAAAAGAUCAGUUCACAGCCAGUGUUGGCUGUAUAACAAAUUCAGGACCAGCUUUACUUGAGACCUGGUCUCAAUAUGACAACCAAAAGAUAAAUCCUAUAUGCUCUAGACAAGCUUUGAUUAAGGAUUAGAAAUAGGAGUUGUAAUGUAAAAUCAUACUUUAGAGCCAAAAAUCACCACAGCUUCUUUGUAAAAAAUAAUAUAUAUGUAGUUUUUUUGUGUGUUUCUAUAUAAUAUCAAAAAUUGAUUCUAGUUUUCAAAUGACCAUUUCUUAUGUGGUCUAAUUCCCAUGGCCUGAUGUUCUCAUUGGCUGUGUUCGGUGUGUGUGUAUCUUAAUAGCAGUGCACUUGGGUGUGUUUAUGAGGCUAUAUAUGCAUGUUCAUGUGUGUGCAGGAGUGCCUGCAUGUGUGCAUGUGCAUUUGGAGGCCUGAAGUCGGCCAAUGGGGGUGUUCUCAAGAGCCGUCUACGUCGUGUUUUGAGAUGGGGUCUCACUAGGAUCUGGGGCUCACUGAUUAUUCUAAUCUGGUUGGCUAGUCCGGGGUUCUCCUGUCUGCUUCCCCAGCACUGGGAUUAAAGGCAUACCGUCAAGCCCAGACAUUUCCAUGGGGGCAGGCACUGUCCAGACUGAGCUGUCUCCCCGCACUGGGUAUUUGUGUUAUAAAAGACUCCAAGCAACACUGAAGUGAAACCUUUUCCUGAUUUGUAGCCUGUUUCGCUCCUAAUACAUCUGAAGAUGUUGGUCUAUUUUCCAUUCUGUUGACUGAGUGAGUCUGUUUCAUCUAGUGAUUUUCAUAUCUAGGUGAGAACAUAAAGGGGCCUCUGUUAGGCCACUUCCGUGCACUGCUGGCCCCUGGUGGCCUCUUCUUCAGAGGGCAGUUGAAACCCCAGGAGUUCUUUCCUGUCUGAGAAUCACCUGGUUAGCCAGAGGAAGAUUUUGAUUGUUCAUGGAAGGAGUGUUUUUUCUUCUUAGAACAGAUUUAAGCAUGACACUUGAAUUCCAGUAAUCACUUUCCAGAAUGUUAGACAAAGAUAACCUGCGUAUAGGGAGAAACUGGUACUUACAUUCCCUGUUUGAGAAAUCCAGUUGCUCAGAAUGUACACGUUCAUCUCAUUUUCCCAAUUCAGCUUCAGAAGAAUAACUGUAAGACAAGAAAAGAUCAGUCAGGGCAGGUAGCUCACACCUGGAAUCCAAGCACUCAGGGAACUGCAACAGGAUUGCUACAAGUUUAAAGCCAACCCAAAUCAUUAUCAUUAUCAUCAUCAUCAUCAUCAUCAUCGUCCCAAAGGCAGAAGCAGGACAAUCAAGAGUUCAGUGUCAGCUUGGCCAGUAGUGAGUUCAGAGCCAGUCUGGGCUACAUGAGACCCUGUCUCAAUAAAGCAUAAAAGAACAGCAAUAAACCAUUUUUUUAAUUCAAGUUUAACAUUAAAAUAUGGAAUUUUAGCUUGGAAAAUUUGUAUAAAAAUCUUUCCACUUUGUCCUGACCACAUAUUAAGGACAGUGUGGGUUCUGUCCAGUUGGCCAUUGAAAGUCUGCAAAGAUGUUUCUAGUUGAUUAUGAUCAGCAGCGCUAAGGAAAGAGGUGUUGGCUAUUUAAAAAUCAAAGAGUUAGUAGCAGGGUCUAUACAAUCAAGAAAUAAAGGAAACAAAUCUAAAAUCAUCUUUUUGUGCAUAGACAGUUACAGGUUGAAUAUUCCUUAUCCAAGAUGCUUAGGACCAAAAUUGUUUUGUAAUUCAAUUUUUCCCUUGAUUUUAGAAUAUUUGCAGGUAUGUUAUAAGAUCUUGGUGGUGGGUUCAAGGUUGAAGCAUGAAAUCUUUUUGUGUGUUUAAUACAUAUCUUGUGGCCAGACGGUGGUGGCUCACACCUUUAAUCUCAGCACUCAAAGGCAGAGGCAGGAGAAUCUCUGAGUUGGAGGCCAGCCUGGUCUACAGAGUGAGUUUCAGGACAGCCAGGCCUACACAGUGAAAUCCUGUCUUGAAAAACAAAAACAAAACCAAAAAACAAACACAAAAGCUAUGUAUCUUGUGUACAUAACCUAAAGGCACUUUUAUGCACUAUUUUAAGUGUGCCCAUCUGUGUUUUAACUGUGACCCAACACAUAAGAUCAGGUGUUGAAUUUUGUACUCAUGACAUCAUGUCAGCACUAAAAACGUUUCAGUUUUUAGAGCAUUUUGGAUUCCCAGAUUAUGGAUAUUAGUAUGCAUUGACAUCAUAGAAUAAGGCAGAAUGUAUGUAAGGUAAAAAGAAAUCUUUCUGGAGGUGAUCCUAUGUAGAAUUGCCAUCUGAGAAUGUAGAAAUAAUUACUUCAUGAGCAAGGUAGUAACAUGUUAAAGUCUAAUACUUGAAUCUACUGUUUGAAAAAAUUCAGUCUCAUUUAUACUUAACAGCUAGCUCUAUUUAGUGUCUCAGAAGCGCCGAGAGCAUUUUAGAGACAGCAUUGUAAUUACAGAGCAGUUAACAGGUGCAUGCCCAGCCCUGCCUAGCGUAGUCACACCUUGCUGUUUUGUUUUUGCUUUGUUGUUUGAGUGGGGGAGGUUGUUUGUUUGUUUGGGCUUGUUUUUUGGGGGUUUUUUGUUUUAUUUUUUUUUUAUUUAUUUUUUUUGUGCAUGCAUGCUCGUGGGGCCAGGGGCGGGUAUUUUUUAGACAAGGUCUCACUAUGUAGCUCUGACUGCCUUGCUACACUAUGUAGACCAGGCUAGCCUCAAACUCGCAGCAAUCUGCCUGCCUCCACCUUUCAAGUGCUGGAAUGUACCCCACACCUGACCCCCAAGUUUACACAUUGAAAAAGAAAUCUAAUGAGGAGAGCACAGCCGAGGGAAGAAAGGAACGUGCUGUCGAGGCUCCACGGGACAGUGCAUUUGCUUUGCGUUUUGAGGGCGUUUGGAACCGUGCCUUUAGACUUCAGUCUUGUCGGAGUCUUUGGUGGUCAUUGAGUUUCUUCUUUAAAUCAUUGCUGUGUGUGUGGGUGUGUGAUGGUAGAAAGAAACCCAUGUAUUUAGAAAGGCAGUUGAGACAUGUCUGAGAUUCGUGGUGAGAAGGGAUGGAUUACUUCUAGUCUCAGCGUGGCAUGACCACUAAGAGACUCCUAGUGUGAGCCGAGCCUGGUGGUUCAUACCUGUGAAACAGGAGGGUUGCCACAAGCUGGAGGCUAGCCUGGGAUCCACGGUUACAGGCCAUCCUGGGCUAUACAGCCUCGGGUAACUCCAGCUCCAGGGGAUCUAACAUAAAUAAAAAAUGAGAGUGUGUGAUGUGUGUGUGCACGUGCGUGCACGCUCGUGUGCACACUCACACACCAGAAAGCUGUGUCCAGCUAACGGGAUUAGCUACAGCUGUUUAGUUUUGGCCAGUUGACACAGUUUAUGGGAAUGUAGGCUGCAUGACUGGUAAUGGGAUGGUUGAUAAAAAGAUGCCAAAAGAUACUGGAGAUAGAAAAGAAUGGAGGAAAUUUAAAUACCACUCAUACCAAGAAGUUGCGCUGGGGAUCGAGCUCAGUGGUGGAGCACUUGGCUGUUGUGCAUGAGGCCCUGGGAUCAGUUCGCAGUGCUGAAACAGCAGUAACAACCAGAGCAGUGCGUGCGGCCCCACGUAUGGGCCUGCAGUGUCUGCGCUGCUCACUGAAGCAGGGCCGCUUCUCGGCAAGUGCAGACGUUACUGUGUUCCCAAGUGACACAGCACGCUUACUGUUUUUGGACUAUCCCAGGAUUUAUCACAACUCUGGGAGAAACAAAACAAAUCCUGUCACUGUUGCUAUUGAACUAACAAGUGAGGAGAUGAUUUUGUUCUGUUUAAAUUAAGAUAGUCCAUAGUUUCCCAACAGUUGAGCAUUUUAUUAAACCUUACAUAUACUUUUUUUUUUAAACCAAGGGUGGGAAAAACAUGUUUUCUCUCUCUCCCUUGCCUCCACCUCCACUCCCCAGAAUUUACUGUGUAGUCAAGGCUGUCCUUAACCCUGUGAUGCGCCUCCAUGCCCAGCUAUGUAUACUGGACAGUUUCUGUCUGCCACUGAUGUUGAUGUAUGUAAAGUGUCCUGUUGAAGUAACCCUCUUCAGGUAGAAGCCAUUGUUUCCCCCUUUGUACAAGGAGGGAAGUGAGGCUUGUGCAGAAUGACAGUUAGUAAGGGCCUGGGAGGUGUUUACUGAGUGUGAGGUGGGUUUUGUUUGUUUUGUGUGGCCUGCGCUCCCACCCCAGUGCUGAAGAUGGAAGAACCCAGUCCUCUGUGCACGCUAAGCAAUGCUCUACUAUAGCCCAGCUCCUGGUAAGUGUGUGAGAGUGAGACAACUGAAUUUCCAUUUGGGGACUAAAUUUGGAUAAGACAGAGUUUAUGCACAAAUUGACAUAAAAUGGCUCUUUGUUCAACAAUUGGAAGUACUUCAGAAAUGAUAGUUUGUAACGACAGUAAACACCAGUAUUACUGACUACUCGUACCAUAAUUCAGCUUCAAUUCAAUAAUUUUUUAGUGUUGGCUAUACACUUGAGAAGCAGGAGUAUUGCCACAAGUUCCAAGCCAGCCUGGGCUGCUUAGUGACUAAGCUCCAGGCCUGCCUGGGCUACUUAGCACCAAGCUAGUAAAGAAUAUAAAACAAGAUCCUAUCAGAAAAAGAUGAUGAUUUUUACAGUUUCUUCUCUUUCUUACCAUGUUUGUGUACAUUAAACAUUUAGAACCUAAACAAAACUCAGGAGCUAAUUUCUGUGCCCUCUGUUGCUGUACGAUCUCUGGCUCGCACGGAGAACAGUGUAUUUCAAGCAGGGUUUGUAUUAGAUGAGAGUCAGAACUUUCCUCAAUGUGUUGGGAAGAUUUUAAACCAUACAGUGAAGUUUAUAUAACUUUAUUGUGUGUUACCAAACACCAACCACAUAGGUUCCAUUCUCUUUUAUUACCUAGCUUUUCAAUGCAUUUCAAAAGAAAUCACAAAUGUCAGAUUAUUCCCCCAGUACAUUAGUACGCAUAUAAUAAAUUUAUUAUUCAUUUAGAUUUUACCUUUUUAUUUCAUAUUUACAUGUAAUGAAAUGCACAGACAUUGUAUUAAUUUGCUGAGAUUUUGUGUUCGUGUAAUCCAAAUCCUUUUCAAAGUUUAAAGCGUUGAAGUCCUCCCUUCCCGGGCCACCCUCACAUCACCUGACUCUGACUCCGUCACAUCCCAGGGCGAACUACUCGGCACAAUGACUGUGAGAUUCAUUAAUGUUGGAGCAUCACUUCUCUUUAUUCCUUUUAGUUCCUGAAUAUUUUAUAUGAAUACAUCAGUCUGUUCUUCUGUUUCUCUGUUGAUGGGCAACUGAGCUGUUUCCAGUAUUGUUUCCUUACUGUUAUGAAUAAAGCUGCUGUGUUCACAUU